AUGUCGGCGGAAAACACCAACGCCUCGCUCGAGAAGGACUUCGGCCCUGCUGCCACUGGAGGUAGCUCCGAUGGUCUCAACGGUAACGGCGCUCCCAUGACCCACCAGUUGACGGCCGAAGAGACGGCCAAGGCCGCUGCGCGCUUUGGAUACGGUCCUCUGUCCCAUGUCAACACCGCGGAGAACCAGCUCCGUCCCUUCGGUGGUGAAUUCCAGCCCGGUCUGUACAAGUCGGUUGAGCAGCGCAAGUUCGCCAACCCGGCUCCUCUGGGCCUGUGUGCUUUCGCCCUGACCACUUUCGUGCUGAGCGCGAUCAACAUGGGCGCGCGCGACAUCACCGAGCCCAACAUCGUGGUGGCUCUGGCUUUCGGUUACGGUGGUCUCGUCCAAUUGCUUGCGGGCAUGUGGGAAAUGGCUGUCGGUAACACUUUUGGUGCCACUGCUCUGUCUUCUUAUGGUGGUUUCUGGCUGUCGUUCGCCAUCGUCCUGACCCCCGGCGGGUUCAACAUUCAGUCGGCGCUCACCGAAGCGGACGAAGGUAGCACGGUCAUGUUCGACAACUCUUUCGGUUUGUUCCUGUUUGGUUGGUUCAUCUUCACGACCAUUCUGCUCUUCUGCACCCUGCGAUCCACCGUGGCGUUCUUCUUGCUGUUCUUCUUCCUUGACCUGACCUUCCUGCUGCUCGGUAUCGGUUACAUCCACCGCAACAGCGAGGGCAAGCCCAACCCCCCGGUGAUCAAGGCCGGUGGAUUCUUCGGUUUGAUGGCGGCGUUCGUGGCCUGGUACAACGCCCUGGCUGGUAUUGCGGACAACAGCAACAGCUUCUUCAUCCUUCCCGUCGCCCACUUCCCCUGGUCACCCACUGCUCGCAGCCGCGCCAAGAAGACCGAGCGGGAGACCGCUUAG